AUGGCUCGGGCCACAUCUGUACCAGAGAGCGCAGGGGCUGCUGAGAUUCCGAAAUCUAAGAGUGCUAUGGAUACUUUGGUGCUGGGAUCGCUUUUCGGGCUCUGGUACCUAUUUAAUAUCUACUUCAAUAUCUACAACAAGCAGGUCCUUAAAGCUUUCCCGUACCCAGUGACAGUCACUUCAGUUCAAUUUGCUGUUGGGACUGUCCUUGUUAUGAUCAUGUGGACAUUCAAUCUCUACAAACGGCCUAAAAUCAGUGGUGCACAGCUUGCAGCAAUCCUUCCAUUGGCCUUGGUUCAUACCUUGGGCAACCUUUUCACCAACAUGAGUCUCGGAAAAGUUGCUGUUUCAUUCACUCAUACAAUUAAAGCUAUGGAGCCUUUCUUCUCAGUUGUCCUCUCAGCUAUGUUCUUAGGAGAGUUUCCUACAAUAUGGGUGGUUGCUUCUCUUUUACCAAUUGUUGGUGGAGUUGGUUUGGCAUCAAUGACUGAGGCUUCUUUUAAUUGGGCUGGUUUUUGGAGUGCGAUGGCCUCAAAUUUGACCAAUCAAUCUAGAAAUGUCCUUAGCAAGAAGUUUAUGGUCAAGAAAGAGGAAUCUUUGGACAACAUCACUCUCUUCUCAAUAAUCACAAUUAUGUCCUUCAUCUUGCUGGCUCCUGCUACUAUAUUUAUGGAAGGAGUUAAGUUUACCCCGUCAUAUCUUCAGAGUGCGGGGUUGAAUAUCAGGCAACUUUACACAAGGUCUCUCAUUGCUGCUCUGUGUUUCCAUGCAUAUCAGCAGGUUUCGUACAUGAUAUUGCAGAGGGUGUCCCCAGUUACCCAUUCUGUGGGCAACUGCGUGAAGAGGGUGGUGGUGAUUGUGACCUCUGUUCUCUUCUUCCGCUCACCAGUUUCACCUAUUAACUCCUUGGGCACUGGCAUAGCCCUUUCUGGAGUGUUCCUGUAUUCAAGAGUGAAGCGUAUUAAGCCAAAGACGGCUUGA